CAAACUUCAAAAAGACAAACCCAAAACUCGAAAACCCAAAAUAUCUUUUAAAGUGUCGUACAAUUCCAUCUGCUCUUCUUUUCCAUACCUUCAUAUUUCCCCAUUCCACCGAAUCAAAACAAAUCUCAACAACCUGAACAGGCUAGCACAUUUCCCAAUGUCACAACCACCUAACGAUUCCCCCAAGCCCAUUCCAAUCCCACCUUACAUGAAAGCCAUCUCCGGUUCAAUCGGCGGAAUUGUCGAAGCCUCGUGCUUGCAGCCCAUUGAUGUGAUCAAGACGCGGUUGCAGCUGGACCGCUCCGGUUCGUACAAGGGCAUUGUGCACUGUGGGAGCACUGUUGUGAAGAGUGAAGGGGUGAGAGCUUUGUGGAAAGGCUUGACGCCUUUUGCGACUCAUUUGACGCUCAAGUAUGCGUUGAGGAUGGGCUCCAAUGCGGUGCUGCAGAGCGCGUUUAAGGAUGAGAAGACGGGGUAUAUUAGUAAUCAGGGGAGGUUUUUGUCGGGCUUCGGUGCGGGAGUGCUCGAGGCGCUUGUGAUUGUUACUCCUUUCGAGGUGGUGAAAAUCAGACUGCAGCAGCAAAAAGGGCUAAGCCCUGAACUUUUAAAGUACAAAGGGCCUAUACACUCUGCUGGUGUAAUUCUACGUGAAGAUGGCCUUCGUGGGCUUUGGGCAGGAGCUUCCCCAACUGUCAUGCGGAAUGGAACAAACCAGGCUGCCAUGUUCACCGCUAAGAAUGCUUUUGACAAGAUCUUGUGGAAGAAGCAUGAAGGUGAUGGAAGAGUUCUGCUGCCAUGGCAGUCUAUGAUUUCAGGAUUUCUUGCCGGGAUUGCUGGUCCAGUCUGCACAGGUCCAUUUGAUGUUGUAAAAACAAGGUUAAUGGCUCAGAGUCGAUCUGCAGGGGAUAUGAAGUAUACGGGCAUGUUUCACGCUAUAAAAACAAUUUAUGCAGAGGAAGGUUUACUUGCCUUAUGGAAGGGACUUUUGCCCCGGCUUAUGAGGAUACCGCCCGGACAGGCGAUCAUGUGGGGUGUAGCUGAUCAAGUUAUUGGAUUCUACGAGAAAACUUACAUUAAUAAAGCACCUCUAUAGCUAUUGUUUGUUACAUUAUCGAGAUCUUAAUUCCAUUGCAAGCAUGAAGGCCUAUGACUUUCUUUAGUAUACAUCACUCUUUCCUGCAAGUAUUCUGGUCGGACUGCCCAUCUUCAAUCAGGCCCAGGUCCAUGCAACUUGUAGGAAGCUGACUGGGUCUCCAGAAGAAUCUGCUUAGUCUAACCAAUGCUUAGUGUUACAAGGCCACCCAUUCUUGCUGACGAAGAGGGAUGGUAACAUUACUAGGAUUAUUUGAUGACGAAAAGAACUGUCAAUUUCUUUAUGCGUAGUUGUAUGUCAGGUGUUAAUGAACAUCUUAUAGAAAUGACAUUUAUUAUUAUGUUAUAUGUUAUGUAUUGAUUUUGCAAGAUAGCCAGUGAUAUUUGCUAAUACUUCAUCCUAUUAAUGCUUACUGUUACAUUCGGAUUAGUAUGGGAAAUGCCAUUUUUUUUA